CAGAGUUGUUUUGGUCGGUAAGUAAUUUACAGCACUCCAACAAUGUUAAUUAUUAAUAAAAGUUUGCUAUUUUCUACACUAAUAUUAGGAUUUUCUAGAAGGUUUUCUGUUGUGGCUGCCAAAGACAUGUCUGGCGAAAUCUGCUCUGCAAAUAAAACCUCCUGUUCCUCGUACACCCCAGGUGAUCAUUCUGUAGCGUACGUAACAGCCCCUAAUGAAGAAGUCGCAAAGAAAAUCGGCCACGGACUUGUAAGCAGAAAACUAGCUGCUUGUGUCAAUAUCGUUCCGAAGAUAACCUCCAUUUUUGAAUGGGAGGGUAAAAUAAAUGAGGAACCAGAAGUCCUUAUGAUGAUUAAGACUAGAACUGCUAAGAUCAAUCGGCUUACACAGUACGUAAAGGAGAACCAUCCUUAUACAGUCUGUGAGGUUAUAUCAAUGCCGAUUCAGAAUGGCAAUGAGGCUUAUUUGAAAUGGAUAAGUGAUGUCGUUCCUAUCGAGUAAGGAAGUACUGAGUAUUUGAGUUAUUUGUGUUAAAGACUUGUCGAGUUUAAAUAUAAUUUGUUUUGUACAAUUUUCUUGGAGUUAUGAGGUUUGUUUUAAAGGAAAUAAUAAAAAAUUAGGAAUAGAAAUACCUAACUUAUUUUGUCAGUUAUUUUUUAAAACUUAUUAGUUUACCCAGAGAUUGGUAAAAGUGGGUUGUUGAACUAAGCAUAUACUAGUGUCAAUUUAUAAAUACAGGGUUUUCUGCUAAUAAUCCUUGUAACUUUUUUAUUCAAAGCCAUGGCCAACUGUGACCAUUUUGUUUUUUUUAUGCAAAGUAUUGGGUUGUAGUGCCAACAUAAAAUAUGUUCCACAUAAUUAUCACUCAUAUUUUUAAAGAACAAUCACUUAAUAUUUUUUAAUUAAUCGUUUGAUUGGGCUGACCAGCGAAAUAUUUGUCCACUUAACGACUUUGACCGGUCCAACCACUCGCUUGAACAGUCAUGAUUUCACCCUGCAGAUGAAUUAAAAAAUAAUCUUUAGACUCAACUGAAUGACUAAAAUUAUGCUUUUGUAUUCAGUCACUGAAUAACUUUUUUCCUAAAAUGGUUCUGAAUAAAAAAGAGGAUGGAGAUAAUCUCAUUAAAUAUCUAAUAGCUCGUUGUAAAAUUGAAGACCUUUGUUGUAAAAUUCAAGAAAAUGUUAUUCAUUUAAAAAGUAGUUUAAUUACUUCCAAUAUAAUUUCAAAAUCAGUUGCAGUUGUCUUGUAAAAUCACUUGAAACUUAUUCUGAUUAAGUACCUACUGUUAAUUGUGAAGUUUUCUAAAUUCAAAUGCUAAUUAUACUUUUGCAAUAUGCUUGAUAUAGAAUGAUUCUAUUUUGUCUUAAAUACAUUUCAAUUUCUUUUAAAAGGU